AUGUCGGGAAAGCGUCUCCUGGACGCUAUUCAAUUGCUCAAUGUCGUCAAAUUGGUCGCAGGGAAGCACCUCCAGGUGCGCCAGCGGCAGUUGGAUAUCUACACGAGGACCUCUUCACUCACAAAGGGCAUCAAAAUCCAGGUCGACGGCCUAGUUCUAACAACACAGGCUGCUGCUGCGCUCAUAAGAAGGUUUAAUGGGGAUCACACUCCUCGCACGACACUAACCAGUGCUUCUCCCGGUUCGAAUUCGAAUGCGGAAGCGAACAAGCAGGAAGCUGAAACGCAUUUGGAUACGGACGAACCUGCACCUUCGAACACUCCGGAUAACACAGUACUGCUCAGCCAGACGAUUGAUCAUCCUCGAGAUACUUCUGAGAAGAGGACUGCCGAGAAUGCUGAGGACCGAGGGGUUUCAGAGGACAUGAUGAACCAACUUUUUCGCAGUCCCAGAGUGGCAAGAGUCCUUUCCAAACAGGGGACUUCUUCGAUUCUGCAAACCAGCAACUGGGGAUCUGCGAGUACCCCAGGAAAUGUCAUUGAGACUCCAAUCCCACCCACAGAAGAGCCGAGGAAAAUUGUUGCGGAAGGAGAAGUAGUGGAUGAGGUUAAAAAGGCGGGGGAUGUAGCUCCGGUGGCCGAUCCAAAAGCCUCGCGAAACGUCACGGAUGAUACGAAUCACCAGAUGAUGGAAUCCCGUGUUCCAUCCUCUCGUCUAGGCAGAAUAUGGCAAUAUUCCGGUCUGGCUACUUCGAUGGCAUUCGGAGCUAUUGGCGAGGGACUCCGAAGGGUCGUUGGGAACGCAGACAAUAACGCAGGGUCUAUAAUUUUCAGUGCCGGAAACACGGAACGUCUUGUGGCCAAACUAUCGAAAAUGAGAGGGGCUGCUCUCAAGCUAGGGCAGAUGUUGAGCUUCCAGGAUUCGAAAAUGCUUCCUGAACAGAUUCGCCUUGUCCUCCAACGAGUCCAGGACCGUGCAGACUAUAUGCCUGCUUCUCAGCGAGACAAAGUCCUAAGUGAGGAUCUUGGCCCUAACUGGCGUGACCUGUUUUCAUCGUUUGAUGAAGUCCCGAUAGCAGCAGCGUCAAUCGGUCAGGUUCAUUCUGCCGUUCUCAAAAAGACGGGUCAACCUGUUGCUGUCAAGGUGCAAUAUCCUGGAGUAGCAGACUCGAUAGACUCCGACCUGAACAACCUCUCGAUUCUGCUUACAGCAUCUCGUCUCUUACCAAGGGGAUUGUUUCUCGACAGGACUAUUGCAAACGCCCGCACAGAACUCGCAUGGGAGUGCGACUACACCCGCGAAGCCGAAUGCAAUCUCCGGUUCAAAAAGCUGCUAGAGGACGACCCGGUCUUCGACGUCCCGAAAGUCAUCCUGGAGGCCUCUGGAAAGCAUGUCUUGACCAUGGAAUUCAUGAACGGCAUCGCCGUCACGAAGAUCAAAACAUUCACCCAGGAACAGCGCGACUGGAUCGGAACGCAGAUCCUACGGCUGUGUCUACGAGAGAUCAUCGAAUUCCGAUACAUGCAAACGGACCCUAACUGGACAAAUUUCCUCUACAAUGCCGAGACGAAUCACUUAGAACUCCUAGACUUUGGCGCCUCGCGCGAAUAUCCGAUCGAAUUCAUCAGCAAGUACGUUGAUACUCUUGUCGCUGCCUCAAGGAACGACCGACAGGCCUGCCAUGACCUCUCCGUUCAACUGGGCUAUCUGACUGGCUACGAAUCUCAAAACAUGGUCGAUGCCCAUGUUACAUCUAUCGUCACCCUCGCGGAACCGUUCAUGGAUUCCUCCCCGGACAUCUACGAUUUCAGUAACCAGACCAUCACUGAUAGAGUCCGGGACCUGAUUCCACUUAUGAUUCGUGAGCGUCUCGCGCCUCCUCCGGAGGAAACGUAUAGUCUACACCGGAAACUCAGCGGGGCAUUCCUGCUCUGCGCUCGACUAGGCAGUCGAGUGCGGUGUAAGGAUUUGUUUGCGGAUUCCGUCCAGAAAGCGAGACGCUCUGGUCUCGAUGUGAGUUUUGCAAAAUAG